AUGAUUUCCAAACAACUUUUAUAACUCUCAAGAUUGGGUAAAAGUCUACGUGUUAACAGCAAGAGUUACUCUUAACUUUUGAAUAACACUUAAUCAUAGUAGAUUUCAUAUUUAGUUUAGAGAUAAUUUAAUUAGUAAUUUUCCAGACAACUUACUUCAUUUACAUAGAUUCCAAGCUAUUCAUUCGCCUUGGAGCCAUAAGAAAAAGUCAUUAAAAAUCCUGAAAUUUUGAAAGUUUUAAACCAAAGCGAUAACACUAAGUUCAGAAACGUAGCUAUUAUUGCUCACGUCGAUCAUGGUAAAACUACUUUAGUUGACACUCUUCUCAAAACUUCAGGUCUUGAACAUGACAAAUCCAUGGAUAGCAACUAGCUAGAAUAGGAAAAGGGUAUUACCAUUCUAUCUAAGGUCACUGGUGUUACUUUUAAGGACUAUAAAAUUAACAUUGUAGAUACUCCUGGGCAUCAUGAUUUUGGUGGUGAAGUCGAACGUAUUAUGUCCAUGGUUGAUGGUGUCAUUCUUUUAGUUUGCGCUACUGAAGGUCCUAUGACUUAAACCAAAUUCGUCUUGAAGAAGGCAUUGAAACAAGGUCUCAAGCCUAUAGUUAUUAUUAAUAAAGUAGAUCGUCCCACUGCUAGAGUGAAAGAAGUUGAAAGCGAAAUACUUGAUAUGUUUAUUGAAAUGGAAGUCAAUGAAGAUUUACUCGAUUACCCUGUUUACUAUGCUUCUGGUAGAGAAGGAUGGGCUGUCCCAAGCAUAGAAGAAAUCAAUUCACCAAAUAAAAAUGGUGUCGCUUGUGUUAUGGAUGCAAUUGUUAGUCACGUCCCAUAUCCAAAAUAACAAGUAGAAGGAGAUUUCCAAAUGCUUAUUUCCCAAACAGAAAGUAACUAAUAUCAUGGCAAGAUGGUCAUUGGUAAAAUCUUAAGAGGACAACUAAAUGUAGGUGAUAAACUUACUUCAGUUGAUUCUUCUGGUAAUUUAUGUGAAAAUGGCAAAGUUAUGAAAAUCGUUAGAAGAUACGGAAUGAAGCAAAUGGAAAUUAAUACUGCUUAUGCUGGAGAUAUCGUUUCUGUAGCUGGUUUCUCUAAUUCUACAGUUGCUUACACUCUUAACAAAUACGGAUGUUUAGAUGCUGUUCCUAGUAUUCCUAUUGAUCCUCCAAUUAUGUCAGUUUCAAUUGCCACUAAUACUUCUCCAUUAGCUGGUAAGGAUGGUGGUUAAAAGCUCACAUACAGUUAAAUUAGAUAAAGACUUUAAGAAGAAAGUGAAAAUGAUGUCGCUCUUAAAGUCCAAGGUCUUGAUAGAAAAGAUGGUAACAGUUUGAUUGUUGAAGGUAGAGGUGAUUUGCAUUUAGGUAUUCUUUUUGAAAAUAUGCGUAGAGAAGGUUUUGAAAUGAGUUUAACUCCUCCUUAGAUUCUCUUUAAAGAAAUUAACGGAAAACAACACGAACCUAUUGAAAAAGUUACUAUUGAAUUAGAUCCUGUUUAUUCUGCAAAUGUUAUUGAAAAGUUAUCUCAACGUAAAGGUGUUUAUGAAAAUUGUGAAGAAUUAAGUCCUAUUUUACAUAAGCUAUCUUUCACUGUUCCCACUAGAGGUAUGAUUGGUUUUAGAAGUGAAUUAUUGAACGACACAAAAGGUACUGCUGUCCUUGAAAGUUGCUUCUUAGAAUAUCAAGAACACAGAGGUGCUUUGAAAAAAAAUAACAAAGGUCCUUUGAUUUGCACAAGUGAAGGUAUUGUUACUGCUUAUGCUUUAAAGACCUGUGAAAAAUUCGGUUAAUUAUUCAUUGAACCUGGUUCUAAGGUUUAUCCUGGUUAGGUUAUUGGUGAAAACUAAAAAGAAUCUGAAGUUGAAUUAAAUCCUACUAAAAAGAAAGAAUUAAAUAACAUUAGAACUAAGUCACACGAAGAAAAGAUCGUCCUCUAGCCUCAUCGUGUUUUCUCAAUCGAAGAAGCCAUUUGCUAUAUUAGAGAUGACGAAAUCGUAGAAGUAACUCCUAAGGAAAUCAGAAUCAGAAAGAAAGAAUUAGAUUCCAAUGUUAGAGCUAAAAUAAAAAGAGAUUCAAAGAAAUGA